GUCGGUGCAGCAGCCCCGCCGCGGCUCGGCCACCAUCGCCGAGGCGCCGCUGCUCCCACAGACGUUCGCGAGCCGCCCCCCCGCGCUUCCAGCCUCCUCUUCCUCCCGCACGCCCGAGACACUCGCCCGCCUUGGGUCUCGCCCCCGCCUCCGCCUGCCCCGUGCUCUCCCCUCGCUCGCCUCCCAUAUUGUCUCUGCCUCAUUUUCUCUCCUAGUUGAGGAAAAAAAAAAUCACCAUCAUCCUCAGGGAGCCCCUCGCCCUCAGAAAAACAAAACCAGACAUGAUCCUGGGCUCCCGCUUCUGAAGGACUGGCCGAGCGAGGAGCAGGGAGCUAGUGGAGACCGUCCCAGAGGUCACGGGAGGGAAGCCCCCGCAGCCCCCGGCCCUGUCCCCGCGGCCGGCCACUUCUCGGCCCGAGCCCAGCGGUCCCCAGCCCCGCGGGCCUCCCACCCCGUCCCCCACUUUCCCGGGAGCCGGACGAACACACCUCCAUUGAUGGUGUAGCGCAUUCGGGGAAGCGUUUUUGAAACGUUGGGGUAGUUGGAGUGGUUGGAUUUUCCCUGGAAUUGAGUGAGAAAUUCAGAAGACUGAAGCCCAGGCUUACUGUCUACCUUUCACGGAGGCCUAGCCGUGAGAGGACAGAAGAAGGCACGUGGAGAAUCAUGACAGCUGAUAAAGACAAAGACAAAGAUAAAGAGAAGGACCGGGACCGAGAUCGGGACCGAGAGAGAGAUAAACGAGACAAAGCUAGAGAGGGUGAGAAUUCAAGACCACGCAGGAGCUGCACCUUGGAAGGAGGAGCCAAAAAUUAUGCUGAGAGUGACCACAGCGAAGAUGAGGAUAAUGACAAUAAUAGUGCCACCACGGAGGAGUCCACGAAGAAGAACAAAAAGAAACCACCGAAAAAAAAAUCUCGUUAUGAAAGGACAGACACUGGCGAGAUAACCUCUUAUAUCACUGAGGAUGAUGUCGUCUAUAGACCAGGAGACUGUGUGUAUAUCGAGAGUCGGAGGCCAAACACGCCGUAUUUCAUCUGUAGCAUUCAAGACUUCAAACUGGUCCACAACUCCCAGGCCUGCUGCAGAUCUCCAACUCCUGCUUUGUGUGACCCCCCAGCAUGCUCUCUGCCGGUGGCAUCACAGCCACCACAACAUCUUUCUGAAGCCGGGAGAGGGCCUGUAGGGAGUAAGAGGGACCAUCUACUCAUGAACGUCAAAUGGUACUACCGCCAGUCUGAAGUUCCAGAUUCUGUGUACCAGCAUUUGGUUCAGGAUCGGCAUAAUGAAAAUGACUCUGGAAGAGAACUUGUCAUUACAGACCCAGUUAUUAAGAACCGAGAGCUCUUCAUUUCUGAUUAUGUUGACACAUACCAUGCUGCUGCCCUUAGAGGGAAGUGUAACAUCUCCCACUUUUCUGACAUAUUUGCUGCUAGAGAGUUUAAAGCUCGAGUGGAUUCAUUUUUCUACAUAUUAGGCUACAACCCUGAGACAAGGAGGCUGAACAGCACCCAGGGAGAAAUUCGUGUUGGUCCUAGCCAUCAGGCCAAACUUCCUGAGUUGCAGCCGUUCCCUUCUCCAGAUGGUGACACUGUGACCCAGCAUGAGGAACUGGUCUGGAUGCCUGGAGUUAAUGACUGUGACCUCCUCAUGUACUUGAGGGCAGCAAGGAGCAUGGCCGCAUUCGCAGGGAUGUGCGAUGGAGGCUCCACGGAAGACGGCUGUGUUGCGGCGUCCCGGGAUGACACUACCCUCAGUGCACUGAAUACACUACAUGAGAGUGGGUAUGAUGCGGGCAAAGCCCUACAGCGCCUGGUGAAGAAGCCUGUGCCCAAGCUGAUCGAAAAGUGCUGGACGGAGGAUGAAGUGAAACGCUUCGUUAAGGGGCUCAGGCAGUACGGCAAGAACUUCUUCAGAAUUAGAAAGGAGCUGCUUCCCAAUAAGGAAACAGGGGAGCUAAUCACCUUCUAUUACUACUGGAAGAAAACCCCUGAAGCAGCCAGCUCCAGGGCCCAUCGGAGGCACCGCAGGCAGGCCGUGUUCAGGAGGAUCAAGACCCGCACCGCGUCCACACCUGUCAGCACGCCCUCCAGACCCCCCUCCAGCGAGUUCCUGGACCUGAGUUCAGCCAGCGAGGAUGACUUUGACAGUGAGGACAGCGAGCAGGAAUUGAAGGGGUACGCCUGCCGCCACUGCUUUACCACCACCUCCAAAGACUGGCACCACGGGGGCCGGGAGAACAUCCUCUUGUGUACAGACUGCCGCAUCCACUUCAAGAAAUACGGCGAGCUCCCGCCCAUUGAGAAGCCCGUGGACCCUCCCCCAUUCAUGUUCAAACCUGUCAAAGAGGAAGAGGAUGGGCUCAGUGGGAAGCAUAGCAUGAGGACGCGGCGCAGUCGUGGCUCGAUGUCUACACUGCGCAGUGGUCGGAAGAAGCAGCCAGCCAGCCCGGAUGGUCGCGCCUCACCCAUCAAUGAAGACAUCCGCUCCAGUGGCCGGAACUCACCCAGUGCUGCCAGCACCUCCAGCAAUGAUAGCAAAGCAGAGACCGUGAAGAAGUCAGCCAAGAAGGUGAAGGAGGAAGCCUCAUCACCCCUUAAGAGCACCAAGCGCCAGCGGGAGAAGGUGGCCUCUGAUACGGAGGAGGCCGACAGGACCAGCUCCAAGAAGACGAAAACCCAGGAGAUCAGCCGGCCCAACUCGCCAUCGGAAGGCGAGGGAGAGAGUUCGGACAGCCGCAGUGUCAACGAUGAGGGCAGCAGUGACCCCAAAGACAUCGACCAGGACAAUCGCAGCACGUCCCCCAGCAUCCCCAGCCCCCAGGACAACGAGAGCGACUCGGACUCCUCAGCCCAGCAGCAGAUGCUGCAGGCCCAGCCCCCAGCCUUGCAGGGGGCCCCCAGCGCGGCCCCUCCAGCUCCCUCCACUGUCCCACCCGGAGCCUCCCAGCUCCCCACACCGGGGCCCACGCCCGCUGCCACUGCGGGCCCUCCCCAGGGCUCACCCUCAGCCUCCCAGCCCCCUAGCCAGCCGCAGGCUCCCGUGGCUUCUGCUCCCCAUGCUCACAUCCAGCAGGCGCCUGCCCUACACCCACAGCGGCUGCCCUCACCACACCCCCCGCUCCAGCCUCUGACCGUGACGGCUGGCCAGACCUCUGCCCCACCUCACAGCCAGCCCCCGCUACAUAGUCAGGGCCCAGGUGGCCCUCACAGCCUCCAGGCCGGGCCCCUGCUGCAGCACCCAGGCCCCCCUCAGCCCUUUGGCCUCCCUCCCCAGGCCUCUCAAGCAUCUGCUCUUCCUCAUGCCUCCCUGCAGCCCACGGCCUCGCAGUCAGCCCUGCAGCCCCAGCAGCCCCCACGGGAGCAACCCCUGCCACCAGCCCCCUUGGCCAUGCCCCACAUCAAGCCCCCACCCACCACGCCCAUCCCCCAGCUGCCGGCCCCCCAAGCCCACAAGCACCCACCUCACCUCUCAGGGCCCUCGCCCUUCUCCAUGAAUGCCAACCUCCCACCCCCUCCAGCACUGAAGCCUCUGAGCUCCCUGUCCACGCACCAUCCCCCCUCAGCCCAUCCCCCUCCCCUGCAGCUCAUGCCUCAGAGCCAGCCCCUGCCCUCCUCCCCUGCACAGCCCCCGGUGCUGACCCAGAGCCAGAGCCUGCCUCCUGCUGCUGCCACUCACCCCCCAGCGGGCCUCCACCAGGUGCCCCCCCAGCCCCCAUUUGCUCAGCACCCCUUUGUCCCCGGGGGACCUCCUUCCAUCACCCCUCCCACCUGUUCCUCCACCUCCACCCCUCCUGCGGGACCUGGCCCCUCGGCCCAGCCGCCCUGCUCUGCUGCUGUGUCUUCGGGAGGCAGCGGCCCCGGCGGGGCAGCCUGCCCACUCCCCACCGUCCAGAUCAAGGAAGAGGCUCUAGAUGAUGCUGAGGAGCCCGAGAGCCCACCGCCCCCGCCUAGGAGCCCGUCCCCCGAGCCCACUGUGGUGGACACCCCCAGCCAUGCCAGCCAGUCAGCCAGGUUCUACAAACAUCUGGACCGUGGUUACAACUCGUGUGCUCGGACAGACCUGUAUUUCAUGCCUCUGGUGGGAUCCAAACUGGCCAAGAAGAGGGAGGAGGCCAUCGAAAAGGCCAAACGGGAGGCUGAGCAGAAAGCACGAGAGGAGCGGGAGCGCGAGAAGGAGAAGGAGAAAGAGCGCGAGCGGGAACGAGAGCGGGAGCGGGAGGCAGAGAGAUCAGCCCAGAAGGCGUCCAGCUCGGCCCAUGAAGGCCGCCUCAGCGACCCCCAGCUCAGUGGUUCUGGCCACCUGCGGCCAUCCUUCGAGCCACCACCAACCACCAUUGCCGCGGUGCCUCCGUACAUCGGGCCCGACACGCCUGCCCUUCGGACUCUGAGCGAGUACGCUCGGCCCCACGUCAUGUCACCCACCAACCGCAACCACCCCUUCUACAUGCCCCUCAACCCCACUGACCCUCUGCUGGCCUACCACAUGCCCGGCCUCUACAAUGUGGACCCCACCAUCCGGGAGCGGGAGCUCCGGGAGCGGGAGAUCCGGGAGCGGGAGAUCCGGGAGCGGGAGCUGCGGGAGAGGAUGAAGCCAGGCUUCGAGGUGAAGCCCCCGGAGCUGGACCCCUUGCACCCAGCCACCAACCCCAUGGAGCACUUCGCCCGGCACAGCGCCCUCACCAUCCCCCCCACGGCGGGCCCCCACCCUUUCGCUUCUUUCCACCCGGGCCUGAACCCCCUGGAGAGGGAGAGACUGGCCCUGGCGGGCCCCCAGCUGCGGCCCGAGAUGAGCUACCCUGAUAGACUGGCGGCCGAGCGGAUCCACGCCGAGCGCAUGGCGUCGCUGACCAGCGACCCUCUGGCCCGCCUGCAGAUGUUCAACGUGACUCCGCACCACCACCAGCACUCCCACAUCCACUCGCACCUCCACCUCCACCAGCAGGACCCCCUCCACCAAGGCUCAGCAGGCCCAGUGCACCCACUGGUUGACCCCCUGACCGCUGGUCCUCACCUGGCUCGCUUUCCCUACCCCCCUGGCACUCUCCCCAACCCUCUGCUUGGACAGCCCCCCCAUGAGCACGAGAUGCUUCGUCAUCCAGUUUUUGGUACCCCCUACCCCCGAGACCUGCCUGGGGCCAUCCCACCCCCCAUGUCUGCAGCCCACCAGCUGCAGGCCAUGCACGCCCAGUCAGCAGAGCUACAGAGACUGGCCAUGGAGCAGCAGUGGCUGCACGGACACCCCCACAUGCAUGGUGGCCACCUACCAAGUCAGGAGGACUAUUACAGUCGACUGAAGAAAGAAGGUGACAAGCAGUUAUAAGUUAUUUAUUUGUUAGCGCUGGCUGUGGAAACCCCAAUUCUUGGGGGGAGAAACAGGACUUUUUACAUACAAUAUGAGCUACAAAAGCAAAAAGAAUAUCUUCUAAAGAUUUCUUUAUAUAUUUAAAAACCCCACAACUAAAAAUGUUAUCAGCAUAAUAGUGUUUGUUUGUAGAGCGGAUUCCUUGAGACUGGUUUGGGUCUCCCUGCAUGACGGUCCCCCAGAAACUUAGUGAGUCCUGGACUGGACUGAACAUUCAGAAAACUUUCCCUGCGAUCUUGGGGUUUGGCUUUAGUUUUCUUUUCCUUCCUUGAUUUCUUGGUAGGUGCUAGAAUCCAGUACACCCUUCACUGUGCGUGCAGACACACUUGGUUACGUGUGUUCCAGAACCCGCGAGGUUUGCAGAUAGGUGGCAUAUGAGUUUGGAAUCCAAGAGCUAUAAUUUUUAAAAAAAACUUUUAUUUUAAUACAUUGUAGGAGAUCUUCAUAAUUUGAGAAAGUUCUGCAGCAUGGCUUUUUAUGUCUGUAAAUAAAUAAUUUUAGAAUGGCA